AGCCAGCCCUGUCCUCUGCUUGCCCACUCAGCAGCGGCUCCCCGGAGUUGUUUGUCCAGAUUGGAACCUCAGUUGAUUCCUCUUCCAGAAUCCACGCCACCGAGAUCCCUGAACAGGAGCCACCAUGCAGUGCUUCAACUUCCUUAAGACCAUGAUGAUCCUCUUCAACUUGCUCAUCUUUCUGUGUGGUGUGGCCUUGCUGGCUGUGGGCAUCUGGGUAUCGGUGGAUGGGUCCUCCUUCCUGAAGAUCUUCGGGCCGCUGUCAUCCAGUGCCAUGCAGUUUGUCAACGUGGGCUACUUCCUCAUCGCGGCUGGCGCCGUGCUCCUGGCUCUCGGGUUCCUGGGCUGCUACGGUGCUCAGACGGAGAGCAAGUGUGUCCUCAUGAUGUUCUUCUCCAUUCUCCUCCUCAUCUUCAUCGCUGAAGUCGCAGCUGCUGUGGUCGCCUUGGUCUACACCACGAUGGCUGAGGAAUUCCUGACGUUGCUGGUAGUGCCUGCCAUCAAGAAAGACUAUGGUCAGCAGUCCGACUUCUCCCAAGUGUGGAAUACCACCAUGGAAGGGCUCAAGUGCUGUGGCUUCAAAAACUACACGGACUUUGAAGACUCGCCCUACUUCAAAGAAUACCAUGUCUUUCCCCCUUACUGUUGCAAUGGCAACAGCACAGCCAGUGUGCCCUGCACCAGGGAGAAGGCCGAGGCCGAUCACGUGGAGGGUUGCUUUAAACAGCUUCUUCAUGACAUCAGAACCAAUGCGGUCACCGUGGGUGGUGUGGCGGCCGGAAUUGGAGGCCUGGAGCUGGCUGCCAUGAUCGUGUCCAUGUAUCUGUACUGCAAUAUGGACUGAGCCUGCUUCUGCUGCUGUCUUGUGGCCAUUGGAAAGAGGCCCUCAGGCACUGCCAAGCAAGGGUGGGGCCAGACCUCACACUUAGCUGGGCCACAGAGGACCCAGCCUUGCUGCUCUGAAUUUGGGACUCAAUCGGCACCACUCCUUUCAGACCGUCUCUGACUGUUCCUUCCAUUGGUAGGUCGGGGUCCACCUCUCCCGGAACCUCUAAAUCACCCAGUUCUCCUGCUGUUCCCCUACUCUGUUCCUUAGACCCUUGGCACACGCCCCCUCUGGGUAGGGGGACCUCUUGGUGAUCCCAGAAUAUUCCUGGGGGAUGAGAGAAGGUGCCCCAUCACCCAGGCGUAUGUGAAAUCAGCUGAGCCAGCCAGUGGUUGUGUGGGACUUCAGGAUUUAUAAAACAAUUAAAAUAUUUCUAUUUGAA